AUGCUUUUUUCAAUAGGAUUUCGUCCAAUUGAACCUGGAUCAGGCGUGGAGUUCAGCAAAGCCCUCGGCGGAAACCGUGUCCGUGAGCAGUUCACAGUGAUUCUUUUGACCUACAAUCGUGAUGCAGUAUUAUCGGCUUCUCUGGAGCGACUCCACCGGCUUCCUUAUCUAAAUAAAGUCAUCGUCAUCUGGAAUAAUGUAGCUAGGGAACCCUUGGGAGCUUGGCCUCGUCUGCAUGUACCCGUUGAGUUCAUAAAGGUAGCUAAGAAUAGUCUCAAUAACCGGUUUGUGCCGUGGGAUCGAAUAACUACAGAAGCGGUGCUUUCGCUUGAUGAUGACAUCGACUUGAAACAACACGAGAUCGUGUUUGCGUUCAGGUUAGUUUGCGAUUUACGCGGUAAACUGGCUAGACCAUAG